CAAGUCAUGUGAUCCAUUUGUUGCGAAAGCACACGCGAGGGAAUGGCGCUGUAUACUGCUGCUGUUAUUGUUGCUUUUUUACAUUUAGCCAAUUUAACACCCUUAUUUUUACCUGAAGAGGAAUAUCACUUCAAACAAUGGAUGUUACAGUAUAAUAAAGUCUAUGAUCUGGAGGAGUAUUACCAUCGCCUAGACAUUUUCACCAGGCAUAAGAGGAGAAUCGACCAUCAUAAUGCGGGGAAGCACACAUUCUCAAUGGGACUGAAUCAGUUUUCUGACAUGAGCUUUGCAGAGUUUAGGAAGACUUUCCUCCUGACUGAACCUCAGAACUGCUCUGCCACCAAAGGGAGUCACAUCAGCAGCCAUGGGCCAUAUCCUGAUUCUGUGGACUGGAGAGAGAAGGGAAACUAUGUGUCACCUGUCAAAUACCAGGGUCACUGUGGAAGCUGCUGGACCUUCUCCACUACCGGCUGUCUGGAGUCUGUGACAGCUAUAGCUACUGGAAAACUCCCACUUCUGUCUGAGCAGCAACUGGUGGACUGUGCUCAAGACUUCAACAAUCACGGAUGUAUGGGGGGACUCCCAAGCCAGGCGUUUGAGUAUGUUAAAUACAACAAUGGACUCAUGACCGAAGAUGACUAUCCUUACACGGGACAUGAUGGCUCUUGCAAUUUCAAGCCCGAGUUGGCAGCUGCCUUCGUGAAAGAUGUUGUCAACAUAACAAGUUAUGAUGAAAAGGGCAUGGUUGAUGCUGUGGCCAGACUGAACCCAGUCAGCUUUGGCUAUGAAGUGACCAAUGACUUCAUCCACUACAAAGAUGGUGUGUACAGCAGCACUACAUGUAAGAACACUACAGACAAUGUGAACCAUGCUGUACUGGCAGUGGGAUAUGGUGAAGAGAAUAGCACUCCAUAUUGGAUCGUGAAAAACUCCUGGGGCACCAACUGGGGAAUGGAUGGAUAUUUCCUAAUAGAACGAGGGAGGAACAUGUGUGGACUGGCAGCCUGCUCCUCUUAUCCUCUCCCGCUGGUGUGAUGUAACGGGAACUCAGAAGAGAAGAAGAGAACGCUGCAGUCAGUCUUCAGCUACAGUAUGAGAAGUCAGGAUAAACUGGAUAAUUUUUCUCAGUGGGAGGACAGGAGUGGGCAUCUCUUUGUUAUUUGCAUGGACAUGUUUUUAAGAACUGUAGUUAUACUGUUACAAUGUGAGUUUUACAUUUGCCAAGUGACUUAUGUUUACUUAAUUAUAAAUUGAUCGUUUUCUGAAGGAUUGUACUGUAUAUGGUAUGGCUAAUGGUUGUGGGUGGUCAUGGUUAGUUAGUAGGCAAUGACUGGGUAGUGAGAGUCUUUGAAUCAUGUGCUUAUGUAGCACAAAAAAAGUCUGUUCUUAAGAGAUCUCCAAAGCCAUUGGCACAUGAAAAGCUAAAUGAUAUUGAUCCCUGGUUCAUAUUUUAUAAAUAAAGUGUCCCAAGUGAA